AUGCUAAACAGCAACAUUCUGGAACUUAUUUAUAGCAAUGUGGAUCCGGCUACAUAUUUGCACUACGAUGGAACCAGAACAACUCCUGAUUUACUCCUGGCUUCUGGUCACAAACCAGUCAUUGCUAGCAUUACCAUCGGCAGCAAAAGCAUGUCAAGGAAAGUGCCAACUAAGCUAUCAUGGAACUUCAAGAAGGCUGACUGGCCUAGAUUCACAAACCUUUUAGAGGAUGAACUUCAUUCAAGCCUCCUCAUCUUCAACCAACAUCCUGACAAACUUUGCACUGCUAUCACGAAUAUUAUGAUCAGAUGUGCAAAGAAAACUAUUCCCCGAGGCAAAACUAAACACUAUCGAGUGUUUUGGUCUAAACACCGUAAGCAACUGAAAAGAAAGAGGGACGCCCUUCGCAAGACUGCUGAUCAGACUGGAAGAACGGAAGACGUAAAAGCCUGGAGACGACAAUCAGCUGUCCUAAGGCAAUCCAUCUUACAAGCUAAACGAACUUCUUUCGACAAGUUCACCUCAAAUAUAAGCUAUCAAAGUGAUAGCCAACGCACUUUCAAAUUUCUGAGAAACCUGCAAAACAACAGAGAAAGACCCAAGAAAGAACCAANUCACCAAAUUGGUGAUACUUUCGGACUCACAGUCAGCAAUAGUCUCUAUUGGAAACAGAGAGCCACCCAAAACAGCUAA